UGAACAGCAAAUGCGAUUGAUCAGUUUCAAUGUAACAAUCAAGUUUUAAAUUAACCGUAGUUGGAAAAAGAGGAAGUAAAGAAGGUGAAAACUGUACCUCAAGAGAAGAUACUCUCCACUUAAAGCAAGACGAAAUUAUCUACUUUUGGAUGUGUUUUGUUAUUUAUUACAUUCAUGGAGAAAAGUUUAUGGUCAAAGAGAGAGAUUCCGAAAAUAAAUCUAAUACAGCUUGGAACAAUAUAUGAAGUAACCGACACAUCAGAAAUUUUUAGAAUCAUAAUUGAGCCACCAUGCAAUGCUACUUUUGUAAUAUGGAUUGUCACAUCUUAUGCGGGUGAGUCUUCAGCAAGGAGUGCUUUACGACGAGCUUAUACAGAUGAAGAGUUGCAGGCUUUAGGAAUCAGAAGAGUAUUUUUACUCGGUACAUUAAAUGAUUAUGCCGAAAGGAAGACACAUAUGCUGCAAAAUGCAUUGUUGGAUGAGUCACAGCGAUUCAAUGACUUGCUUCAGGGAGAUUUUUUAGACACUUAUAGAAAUUUAACUCGCAAGCACCUGAUGGGCCUUCAGUGGGCAGCAAAUAAUUGCAAAGAUGUUAAAUAUAUUAUGAAAAUGGACGAUGAUAUUAUUGUAAAUAUAUAUGGCAUAUUAGAGAAAUUACACUCAGGUAUGAUAGAAAAGAAUUCUUUGACUGGUUAUAUUAUGAAGAAUAUGAUUCCUGUUCGAGAACCAGCCAACAAAUGGUAUGUGAGUAAAGCGGAAUAUGCGGAUAAUAUUUAUCCUGACUUUGUCUCUGGCUGGCUGUACAUCACGCAUCCGCAAAUAGCAAGUCGAUUGAUUAAUUACGCCUUGUCUUCCCAUGAUUACUUUUGGAUAGACGAUGUGUUUGUCACUGGUAUCCUCAGACAAGCUCUAAACAUAAACAUUCAAAAUAUCAGUGAGUUAUAUACGACAGAUUAUAGAUAUUUGGAAUGUUGUAUAAAGGGAAAAGCAAAUCUACUGAAAUGCGAAUUCUUGGCUGGUCCUAAUGGCGGCGAUACAGAGUUGCAAGUGAAAUUCAAGGAAUUUGCAAAAUUUUGCCAUGCAAAUUGUUCUAUUCGCAAGGAAAGUAAUCUUGUUGGCAAGACCUGCGUGAUGGCGCACAAGGAGCCAAAAUUAUAUAAAGGUGCUGUGCAAAUAAAUCCAGUCAGAAUUUUAUAAAUAAUGGAGGAAAGGGUAGGUAGAAUGAGAUUAA